AUGAUUCGCGCUAUUUUUUGUCUCCUUUCGUUGUACUUUUUGCAAGUUUCGGGCACUUUUAUACGUUGCGGAGGCUCCUCAUCGCAUCGAAGAUUGACAUUUUCCAAUCCAAAAAAGAUUCCAGAGUCGUGUGUGUACAAAUUUAAGCCAACUUCGAGCAAAGUUUGUAUGAUUAAACUGGAAUUUAAUAAAUUUUCGCUCGCACAACCAACAAUUGAGCCGUUUCCAAGUUGUGUUGUUGAUAAAAUGACUGCCGAUGGGAUUAGUUUAUGCGGAGAGAAUCCUGGAGAGCAUAUUUACCUCUCGUACCCUGACACAAAGUCUCGUUCAAUAACUGUAACAUUCAACACAAUGAAUCGCGAAGGAGUUGAUCUUAAAGCGCCGGAAUGGAAUAUCAAGAUGACCCAAAUCGAUUGCAAUGACAAAGAUCUUCCGCCGACACAUUGUUUGCAAUAUUUCACAGCGAGACAAGGCGUCAUCGAGUCUUUCAACUAUCAAUAUGGCAUCGGACCGUAUUUAGGAAACACUUCUUACUCCAUUUGCAUCAAAAAACCCGAAGCUAAAAGCAUCAUUCAAAUCUCUUCAACUUUCUUUGAAAUGUCUUAUGCCGAAGACGAUUUCAACGGAACAGACACAGAUUGUCUUUCUCCUGUUCCUGAACCAUCCCAAUCCGAAGAUUUUCUGCAAAUUCCGGGAUCUGAACUGUCAAAUGGCUUCCGUGUCGAGCGAUUUUGCGGGCGAAGUUUGAUGGCGAAUGCAAUAACAUCGAAAACCACGGGACCUUUUGUGAUGACUUUUAACAGUGACACGCUGUACGACGAGGAUAAGCCCGAAAGUGGUUUCAGUCUCUUCUAUGAGGUCUUGUAG